ACGUCAUAGCUAUUCCUGACUAUAAUCCACCACCGAUAUCAUCAUCAUCAUCAUCAUCAUCACAACCAUGGUCAUCGACCAACCAGAACAGCUUGAGCUCACCUGCGUUCGAGGCGGGUAGAUAAGCAGCAAUUCGGCAAAAAUCAAGAAUUGUCCUGGUUUUGUGUAGUUGCGUAACGCUGGACUUAUCUUCUUGGUCGUGUUCAUCUGCAAACGAGCCCCGCCGAAAUUUCAUCGCUCGUCUCACCAACAUUCACACGCACACACAAACGCAGUUGAUUCAAAUAUACUGACUUACGCCGAAGACGCAAAGUUCAUGCUUCCAUUAUUGCCUACACAGCUGCCAAAAUGGACGUCAUCCUCUCGCUUCCCAUCGUCAGCUACUUCGCCGCGCCGAUGCUGACAUCCUGGUCAACAUCACUGAACCUGCUCUUCUUCUACAUGACAUGGACGACUCUCGUCUUCUCGCACUCGCCGCUCAAGAUCGAGCUGAUCGGCACUCUCGCCUUGCGCAUAGUCUUCUGGCUUGUACCAUCACUCUUCUUCCUAUUCUUUGACUCGCUGGUCCCAAGCCUCGCCGAAUCAAUCAAGCUAUACGGCGCGGGGUCACUACCACAUCGCAACGCAUCGUCACUCGCCAGACAAGCAGCUCUCGCUAUAUUCAACCUCGCGCUCUUCACCGCUCUUGAAGGCGGUAUUUCCAUGGCCGCGACGACGCUUCUCCAUCGCCCGCUCUUCAAGACGAGCAGUACCCUCCCUUUGCCCUGGCAGAUCGUCAAGCACAUCAGCACACUGUACAUGGCGCGCGAAACCCUCACCUACUACUUCCAUCGCUACAUGCUGCAUUCCGGGGGUCCAAUAGCCAAUCUCCACGCUCGGUACGCGCACUCGCGCAAAGCCGCGGCGCCCUACGCUCUCAUGCUCUACGCAGACCACCCCAUACCACUCAUGUUCAGCCGCUUACUACCCAUCUAUCUCCCGUCCCUUGUCAUCCGCCCACACUUACUCACGUACUUCCUCUUCACGCUCCUCACAACCAUCGAGGAGACGCUGUCCAUGUCCGGAUACAGCGUCGUCCCGGGGAUCGUCAUGGGUGGUAUCACGCGGCGGACGGCGACGCAUUACGCAGGUAAUGGACGAGGAAACUACAGCGCCUGGGGCUUGCUGGACUGGAUCCACGGCACGAGCGUGGGAAAGGACGUGCUCGAGGAUAUCCGCGACGAGGCCGAGAAGCACCAUCUCAAAGACCGCGGACGAAAAGCCGUCGAUGAUACCAAUGGCUUUGUCCAGGAUGGCAUCGAUAAUCUGAUGAAAAGCAGGAAAGGGAGGAAGAAGAGGUCGAAUGGAGAGUGAUGUCUAUGGGUAUGCCUGAUAUAGCUUUGCCUGGUGCUAGGUGGGAGUUAGUCGAGGCGUUUUGUUCUAAUACCAUUUCGGAUACCCCAGGAUACCCCAGAAUAAUACUCACUUGCUCUAUGAUUGGUGGCGUUUAGGCUUGGUUACAUACAUGAGAUCAUGGUUAUCAAUACUUGACUUCUCCUUUUCGUUAUUAUUAAGUUUAUGUCCUGUUUCUUAAUCGCACGCUAGCUCGCAUUCAAUGCAAUGAAGAGAGAACCUAUGUGCCACGUAGUUUCCC